CGUGUCUUUCAUAAUGUUUUAUUGUUUUACGUUCGCGAUGGUCCCGAAGGCGCGGCGAUGUAUCUCAGUCCAAAGUCUCAGUCGCUGCGCGGCCGCCGACGCGCCACCCUUUAGUACCUAUCUUCGCACAAACUAAACUGAACCGCAUUAUACAAGUGUGAACAAAAAUAAAAGUGACUUGACAAUUAACAAAAAUGGCGUGUUCGUGGCAUAACCGAGUAGAAUUCGUUGUGAGAUACCUUUACGACAUAGACAACAACGGCUACUUAGACGCACAUGACUUCCACUGCUUGGCCCUUCGUAAUUGUGUCCUGGAAGGCAAGGGCGACUGCAGCAACGCUCGCCUGCAGAAGUACCAGCAUGUGAUGCUCAGCCUUUGGGAAGAGAUCGCCCAGCUGGCGGACUUCGAUAAGGUGCCAGACUAUGACGGUAUGAUCACGGUUGACGAGUUCAAACAGGCUGUGAUGAACAGCUGUGUUGGGAGAAAGUAUGACGACUUCCCGCAAUCUAUGAAGGCGUUUAUAGAAACUAACUUCAGGAUGAUCGAUUUGAAUUCAGAUGGUAUCAUUAAUAUUGAAGAGUACAGAUAUGACUGUGUCCAAAGGAUGGUGCUCGAAGACAUCAAGAUUGUUGAUGACGCCUUCUAUUCUUUGUUGAAUGACGACGACAGAAGAAGAGGCGGUCUCACAUUGUCGAGGUACCAGGAGCUUUUCGCACAGUUCUUGGGCAACACCAACGAGAAUUGUGAAGCGAUACAUCUGUUCGGACCUUUAGAGUUCUAAAUUUUGUAGCACGUAGUUAUAACUAAACUCGAGGGACAUGUAAAAAGGAUUAAUAUAUUUAACAUGAUAUAGUAAACUCUAUAUCGCUUGCCAGUGAGGCUAAAAGGAUAGAAAUUAUUUAAUGGAGGACCGUUUCGAUGUUGUGUUAAAAAAUCGUCUCCAGCAACAAUAUUAGAAUCGUAUUGUGUGCUAUUUUACCUAUACAGUGUAUCCAUAGCGGAACUUUUACAUUUGGCUGUUUAGCGCGUAGUGCCUAGAUGUAAUAAUUAAAUUCGGAAGCUUUUAAAAAUACCUGAGAUUUCCAUUGUGACUACUUUUACAGGCGCGUUUGCAAAGAUUAGUGUUUUGAAAAUCACUUAUUGCAGAGUUUUUAUAGUUUGAAAUAUUUGAAGCAGAGUAAGUAUUAGCUUCAUAACUCAUAAAUCUGCAUUUUGUACUAUUCUCAUUGAAUAUGCAAAAUUAUUACUUAAUUACCCCCAUUUUCAAUUAACGAACCCAAUCACUUUCAAUCUAUUGCGAAAAUAGACCAAUCAGAGCAAACCUUUUUUUUAACAUGCUUACGGACGCCUUUUUUAUAGGUUUAUUUUGGGAUCGGAUAGAAUAUUAAGAAUGGGGUCGUUUAUUAAAAACAGCUGUUAGUUGUCUUCUGUGUUUCAUCGUAUUCAAUAAUUGUGAAUAUUGUAAAUAUAUCAAUGCAAAUGCUAAAAGUGUUACAAUGGAUGCAACAUGUGAUAUUCAAUAAAAGCUCUGGCACCGGGCGCGUGGAAACAAUUUUUAAAUAGAUAUUUAUCAAAACAUAAUGCAGUAAUGGCGCCCAAAAUAUGCAUGUGGACUAUGCGGUAUGCCGUUCAUAAAUAUUUACGAUAAUAACAGACUUUUAUAAAACAAUUACGUAUUGUGGAAUUUUUGAGAGGACUAUCUACCGAGACAGGAAAUUACCCACACAAUUAAAUUAAUUAAUGAAAUAAAAAUAGCAAUGUCAAUUUCAAAAUCGCUGUAAUACGGCGGUAAAAUUAUUCAAACCCUGCAUCGCGCGAGUCUCCAUAGACCUAUCAUGAUUUAAAAAUAAGUCCCUUUACGUUUCAUUUUACGCAAAUUACUUUCCAAAAAUAAUACAUUUAGAAUAGACAUUGUUCAUGUAUGUUCAUUUUAUGUAUAUAUACUUAUUAGUAUUAUUAUAAAGAUGUGUUAUUUGUGUUAUAUUACUCAUGUUGAUAUUGUUAUUAAGGAUUGUUAUUAUUUUUUAUGUUGUCGAACUUCCAAGAUAUUAUCAAUAUUACAAGAUAAAAUUAGCUGAAACAAACCAAUAGUUUAGAAUACUAUGAAAAUUAUUGUAAAUAAUAUUUUUACCCACUUUAUGAAAUGCUAGAAAAUAAUGUCAUUUUUUUACCUAUUUUAUGACAUAUAAAGUAAUUUAGGUACCCAUUUAUUAUUUAAGAAGCCAAAUAAUUCAUUGAUUAAUACAAUAGAAACCAUUCCGAAGAAUAUUAUACCUGCAUAAAAAUAUCUAAAUACAAAAAGGAAUAGUUUUGUUUAGAAAUUGUCAAGAGAAUUACCGAAAAUUAUAUAAACCUGAUUAUUUAUCCAUUCGUAUUAUCAUUAUUAAAAUUAGGAUUACCUAUAAUUGACGGCGCCAUUGCAGUUGUAAAAAAACAUGGCGUCCGGGAGUUUGAAUGACGACAGUAACAGCUUGAAAUAAAUUGAAAUUACAGAGGAAGUAUGGAUUGUGUUCGUGUAACGAAGCUAGUCAUGAUGUUAUAUUAUUAUAAUUUUUCAAGAAAGAGCUUGUAUAUACUGGUCUUUUUGAUAAUAAACAUGUUUAUAAAAAA